UCCCUCUCUCUCUCUUCAGUGCCAUCACCAUCUCUCUCUCUCUCUCUAGCAUUGCUCUUGCUUUCUCUCUCCUCGAGGAGCUUGAGGAGCUUGGCCUCUUCUUCUUGCUCCUCAUUUGCUUUGGCUUUUUGGAGGCUAUAUAAAGCUGAGGGGAGUAAGCGAGUUUGAUUGAACCCCACCAAAAACCCCAUCUUUUUUUUCUUUUCUUUUCAUUUUCGUUCUUCCCUCGCUGCGGCUUUCAAUUUCGCGGCUCGUGUUCUUCUCUUCUCGGUGCCCCUGCCUUGGCUCUCCUCCGAUCAAAUGCGGCGAGAUCUGCGCGCGUGAAGGCGUCGGCGCGGGGGCCCAAAGAUCGAUCCUUUGCUGAUCGGGAGUUUGGGUGGGGGGAAGCGAGUUCUUGGAUCUUCGCGGUGGUUUCUUGGGGGCGUCUCUCGUAGGAAAAAGGGAUGGAUCAGUAUGAGGUGCUGGAGCAGAUUGGGAAAGGGGCGUUUGGCUCGGCGUUGUUGGUGAGGCACAAGCUGGAGAAGAAGAAGUAUGUGCUGAAGAAGAUUCGGCUUGCGCGGCAGACCGACCGCACCCGCCGCUCUGCGCACCAGGAGAUGCAACUUAUUGCGACGGUCAGGAAUCCGUUUAUCGUGGAGUACAAAGAUUCAUGGGUGGAGAAGGGUUGCUAUGUCUGCAUUGUUAUAGGAUAUUGUGAGGGAGGAGACAUGGCUGAAGCUAUUAAAAGAGCUAAUGGUACAUAUUUCUCUGAGGAGAAGCUUUGCAAAUGGCUUGUGCAACUUCUCAUGGCUCUAGAUUAUUUACAUGCAAACCACAUUCUUCACCGAGAUGUCAAGUGCUCCAAUAUUUUCAUUGCCAGGGACCAAAGUAUAAGACUUGGUGACUUUGGGCUUGCAAAAAUAUUGACUUCUGAUGAUCUGGCAUCUUCUGUAGUAGGAACACCAAGUUACAUGUGUCCAGAACUUCUUGCUGAUAUACCAUAUGGUACCAAGUCAGAUAUUUGGUCUCUAGGAUGUUGUAUAUAUGAAAUGACCGCGCUCAGGCCUGCAUUUAAAGCUUUUGACAUGCAAGCGCUGAUUAACAAGAUCACGAAAUCAAUAGUCUCACCAUUACCCACUAAAUAUUCUGGUGCCUUUAGGGGACUUAUUAAGAGCAUGCUGCGGAAAAGUCCAGAGCACAGACCUAGUGCUGCACAGCUACUCAAGCAUCCACAACUUCAGCCUUAUGUGCUGCAAGUCCAAUUGAAAUCUAGUCCUACUCGCAACAUACUUCCAAUCCAUCAAUCUUUGACUGACAAAGUUAAGAAGAUGACAUUUCCUAGUGACGUGGUUGAUUCUGCACGCAGAAGAAUGGCCAGGAGGAACUCUCUGGGAAAUGAGAGGACUGUGACAUUUAGCAAGCCAUCUCCGGAACGGAAUUCAGUUAGCUCUACACGGAGCAUCAAAGAAUACACAACCACCCAGAGUGUCAAAGGGCUCUCUGUUGACAGUAGUGAGGCUGGGGAUGAGGUUACCAGUAAAGCCAUCAUAACAAAGACAUCAAGCAUCCUAAGGACGCCCAAGAGCUUGCCAGCCAAGACUUAUACAGCUAGAAAUCAGCUUGAACCUCCCAAAACAUCGUAUAACAGAACAUACCGCUCUGAGCUGCCCUCAAAAACAACUCCAAACAAAAUUGCCCGACCAGCAAGAAGAGCAUCACUCCCGCUGUCAACAUAUGAAACACCCACCAAGCGCAGCAUCAGCAUUCUGGAACAACUAGACUCCCCUGACGUCUCUGUGAAUGCCCCUCGAAUCGACAGAAUUGCGGAAUUCCCACUGGCAUCGUCUGAGGACCCCUUGCUCCCCAUCCACAACAAGCUCUCUCCUGGCCAUGGCUCAUGUUCCACUCCUCCCUUUAUCAACCGGUCAAUCACCAAGGACAAAUGCACGAUCCAGGUGUUACGCACCGAUGGGGACAACGGGAGCGACUCCUCAGGCCGCAACGCCACUGCUGCCUCGAGCCGCGGAUCCAAUGACUCCAGGCAGCAGCGGUUCGACACCUCGUCGUUCCAGCAGCGUGCCGAGGCAUUGGAAGGGCUGCUGGAGUUCAGCGCGCAGCUGCUGCAGCAGGAGAGGUAUGAGGAGCUGGGCAUUCUGCUGAAGCCAUUCGGACCGGAGAAAGCGUCUCCCAGGGAGACGGCCAUCUGGCUCACAAAGAGCUUCAAGGAGACGGCAUCAUAGCGCCACCUUGUAUCAGGCGCGUCUAAAAUCGCCAGUUUUGUCAUGUGCAAUAUUAGCUCAGGUAGUGGUAAACAAUAUUUAGGAUUUGAGACUUUUAGCUGUUGGGAGGCAGCACCAUCUCAGUGUUGCUGUUAACUCAAAAUCUACUUCUAGCUCUAGCUAGUUUCCAGUUUUUUACUUUCUAUUAGGAAUCAGCAAUCAGCAGCAGGAGUUGUAGUAGUAGAACUGUAAGUUAAGCUGAAGAUCUUGCAAGAUCUUAGAACCUUUGUAAUCAUGUGGCACCUGCAAUCAUGUAGUGAUAUAAAUGUGGGGUUAAGGAUAUCCA